GUGAUUUCCUUACGCACGACAUUUUACGAGUGAUUGAAUGCUUCAAUUACAUCUAAAUAACUUAAUGAAAUAAAAAACAGGGUUUAGAGCUGAACGAAGUUACCAUAAAGCAGUGGAUCUUACAAAACAAGAAACAUGGCUGCUAAAAGGUUUGGUUUUGCUAAGGGGCUUACCAGCUUCAUGUUACUUUGUGUACAACUGUGUAAAGGUCAAGUACCGGAUAACGUUGAUGGAGGUGCAGACGGUGUUAAUGGUAAUCAAUUUCUCACCGGAAGCCCUAACACAGAGAAGAUCAUACUUGGCUUAAACUGUAUCAAAGACACUACAGAUUCGACAGAGGUUAAGUUCGAGAUGUAUGUUUACCAAAGUGACGACGCCUUUAAGUUUAAUCCGGCAUCUACCACAGUUAGACAAAGCGAACUUGUGACCUACGAGAAGUGUUAUUUUAUUGACGCAGCGCUCUUUGAUACCACGCAAAAUGUCAAGGCAGCGAAUGCUCAUGCAAACUGCGGAAACAGCGUGGAUUUCUCUCCGUUGGAAACACCGACAAGUAGUUCGACUGAUUAUGAGAAGCGAACGAAGAAGGCAACACUAUCUGUACCAAAUCCGGCACAAUCCGUACAAUACCAGUGUGGCGCAAGAAAAGUAGGCAAUGAGAUAGAGGUUGCUGUUUACUGCAAACGAGAUGUUGACUAUGAUAAAGAUUUCGACAUUGUUUUUAUUGCUAGACAUGGCACAGAUGGCUGUACGGCAACAUCAGUUUCGCCGGACAAAGCAAAAAUUGCCGAUCCAAAUACUGUGAGCGUGAAAUAUAAUAUAGAAGUGACAAUGAAAGCGUACAAACAUACUGAUAUCGGGACUGUAGUCAACGGCCCAGAAAGUCCCAGCGCUAAUGAAAUAACGGCUGCUACGCCACUAGGAACGGCAACCUACUUGGAGGUUUGCGCGAAGAUCCCUCAAGUUACUACAGCUACUGCCAACGACAUAAAUAACCAGUUCUUUGAGAACGGAAUUUCUCCGAUGGCUUUUAUGCCACACUCUUGCACGGCGGCCGCUGAUAUUGCCAACCAGGACUUUCAAGCCAAUAUAGAAGCAAAGACUGUGUGGGCUAACCUAAAUGACGCAUUUGGGUGCGGUGCUGCAGGGACGGGUGCUGCUGCAGACAAAGGGCUAGCCGAGUAUUUUGCCUCAGAUGUGUUCAUAUUCAAAUAUGCGGAAACAACACCCGCUGUUGCUAACAGCCAUCUUAUGUCUCCGAAUUGUGUCAGAUCCAUAACAUUUCCGCUAGUGUCCUAUGCCAGACUUAAAGCUGCGGAUAUUGUAGAUACUAUCUUCACAUGCAAACUAGACCCUUGUACAUCAGGAGGUGACAAUAAAUGUUUUGCUGAUAAAGCUGGAGGAAGCAAUAACUACCCGACUUGCCCACCACCCUCAGGAAGAAAAAGGCGAGAAACUAUCAAAGUUGGUCCAGAGAUACCCUCAGAAGUGUCCGUUCGCGUGAAAGUCAUGAUGCCAGGAGCGAACAGGACCAGCACAGAUAAGUUUGACGGCUGUUUCGAGAAGAAGACUUUUAUUGGCCUCACAUCUGGAUUGGUGGCACUGCUGACAGCUGUACUCAUUGCUGCUAUCUUCCUUUCCGUAAAACUGAGUACAUCUCCCCCAGAAUCAUCAACUGAUUCUAUGACCGGCAUACAAAACAAAGGGUAUUACUAAAUACAGACUGGCUCAAAGACGAAGAUACAUAAUUAUAUUAUGAUUGAUUUCAAGUCGAUGUUUGAAAACCGAAGAAUCAAUAUACUGUGCCCUUUUGGUCACAUGCGUCAUCGUGUCAUCAUUUCCUGAACUUGAUAUAAAUUUUCUCUGCAUUUUUAUACUUUUCUUGUUUACACAUAUCUCGGAUAUAUAGCAUUUUACAUAUUUGAUAUUUUACAGAAUCUUAAAUCUGUUUCCUUCACAGAUAUAAUCUGAGUAAAAUGUUUGAAUUUUUCAAAGACGUCUAUUACUUUUAAGCUUAGAAGGUAUAAGAACAUGUGUGGGAAAUAUAUUUUUAUAUAAAAAAGUAAACAUUUCUUUUCUUUGAAAAGUCCUUGUACUUGAUUAUAUACAUAUCUGUCGUGUUUUUUUUCUGUUGUUUAGCUUUAUGCAUCUAUUGUUUAGCUUUAUGCAUAUAUCUACAAAUGUAGCUUUUAGCCUUUAUCUAUAUGCCAUGUAAGAUAAUAAAUAAAAAUGUUUAG